UUUCGAUCAAUAACGAAGCAAUAUUUCCGUAAAGCUGACGGUGUACUACUGUUAUUCGAUGUAACGUCAGAGCAAAGCUUUCUAAACGUUCGAAAUUGGAUCGAAUCGGUUCGGAACGGUGUCGAAGACUCGACCGUGUUAGCCUUGGUCGGCAAUAAGGUCGAUUUGUUCGGUAGCGAUUCGUCGCGAAAUUCUGUUUAUAAAGCUGGCAAAAAACUUGCUGACCAAUAUUUCCGUAAAGCUGACGGUGUACUACUGUUAUUCGAUGUAACGUCAGAGCAAAGCUUUCUAAACGUUCGAAAUUGGAUCGAAUCGGUUCGGAACGGUGUCGAAGACUCGACCGUGUUAGCCUUGGUCGGCAAUAAGGUCGAUUUGUUCGGUAGCGAUUCGUCGCGAAAUUCUGUUUAUAAAGCUGGCAAAAAACUUGCCGACGAUGGGAUCCAACCCGUUGAAAAGCUGAAGGAG